AUGGCCACCAUCCAGUCAGAGACGGACUGUUACGACAUCAUCGAGGUGCUGGGCAAGGGCACCUUCGGGGAGGUGGCCAAGGGCUGGCGGCGCAGCACGGGCGAGAUGGUGGCCAUCAAGAUCCUCAAGAACGACGCCUACCGCAACCGCAUCAUCAAGAACGAGCUGAAGCUGCUGCGCUGCAUGCGGGGCCUGGACCCCGAGGAGGCCCACGUCAUCCGCUUCCUCGAGUUCUUCCACGACGCCCUCAAGUUCUACCUGGUGUUCGAGCUGCUGGAGCAGAACCUUUUUGAAUUUCAGAAGGAGAACAACUUUGCGCCUCUUCCUGCCCGGCACAUCCGCACGGUCACCCUGCAGGUGCUCCGAGCCCUGGCCCGGCUCAAGGAACUGGCUAUCAUCCACGCCGACCUCAAGCCCGAGAACAUCAUGCUGGUCGACCAGACCCGCUGCCCCUUCAGGGUCAAGGUGAUCGACUUUGGCUCAGCCAGCAUCUUCAGCGAGGUGCGCUACGUGAAGGAGCCGUACAUCCAGUCUCGCUUCUAUAGGGCCCCCGAGAUUCUGCUGGGGCUGCCCUUCUGUGAGAAAGUGGACGUGUGGUCACUGGGUUGCGUCAUGGCCGAGCUGCACCUGGGCUGGCCGCUCUACCCUGGCAACAACGAGUAUGACCAGGUGCGCUACAUCUGUGAGACCCAGGGCCUGCCCAAGCCCCACCUGCUGCACGCCGCCCGCAAGGCCCACCACUUCUUCAAGCGCAACCUCCACCCUGAUGCCACCAACCCCUGGCAGCUCAAGUCUUCGGCUGACUAUCUGGCGGAGACCAAGGUACGCCCACUGGAGCGCCGCAAGUACAUGCUCAAGUCACUGGACCAGAUUGAGACGGUGAAUGGCAGCGGGGCAGCUGGGCGGCUAACCUUCCAGGAUCGGGAGGCGCUGGCCGAGCACGCUGACCUCAAGAGCAUGGUGGAGCUGAUUAAGCGCAUGCUGACCUGGGAGUCGCACGAGCGCAUCAGCCCCAGCGCCGCCCUGCGCCACCCCUUCGUGUCCAUGCAGCAGCUGCGCAGUGCCCACGAGACCACCCGCUACUACCAGCUGUCGCUGCGCAGCUGCCUCCCCUCGCUGCAGGUGGAGGGCAAGCCCCCCACGCCCGUGGUGGCUGCUUCGGAGGAGGGGCCCCCCUACUACCGCCUGGCUGAGGAGGAGGAGCCCGUGGGUCUCGGCAGCGUGGCGGGCAGCGGGCCCUUCUUCCGCGAGGAGAGGGCGCCGGGCAUGCAAAGGAAUUGCAUGAGAACUUUUUCUAGGUUAAAACAACAAUCGCCCGAGGAGGAGGGGCCCGGCCGGGGCAGCGGCUGGGCAGAGGGGGAGCACCGCGGAGCCUCCGCAAAGCCGCCCACCAUCCCGAAGCGGGACGGGGACGGGCCGGACGUCAAGGACAUGACGAUGGAUGCUGAGAGGCCGAGCCCUGAGCUCUUCGACCCCAGCACCUGUCCUGGAGAAUGGCUUAGUGAGCCAGACUGGGCCCUGGAGGGCAUCAGGGGCCCACGGGCUCAGGGGCUCCCACCCCGCCAUACCCACCCACACGGUCCACCCCGGACCACCAGCUUUCUGCAGCAUGUCGGCGGGCAGCAUUGAUGGUGACCCCACCUCUACCCAUCACUGGUGGCUGAGCUAGCUGGGCUGGCAUCCCUUCCUCAGAGCCAUCCCCUGAACCCACACAUUCUUACAGAAAGUUAUCCAGAAAUUCCCAUUCCCCCACCCACAGUGCAUGCUUGCACAUACCCCCAAACACAGGAGGGCCUUGGUGUCUGGCCUGUGACCACCUCGAUCAGAGGGGCACAGAGAGGUGGCUGCACCCUGUUGGCCCUGAGCACGUUCUUGGCCCUGUUGUCUCUGCCUAUUUCAAUAAAGAACUGUUCACAGCCCUGCCUCAUGCCUGUUCUCCCUGCCUGUCCUCGUGCUGGGGAGCGGGGUGGUCAGGCUGGUGCCCAGGCCUGCUCUCUGAUGCUGCACCCAGUUGGCCAUUGGCUUAGGCUGGAGGCUGGGCUCCCAGGACACUGGAACAGGCUGUGCUUGGCACACUGACCCAAUCCCUAAAUAUGUGCAGUGCCUGGCACACAAGCACACGAGAACCACCCUCAGAACACUGUGUCCGGCAGGUGCCCAUCCAAGCUUGCCAGAUGCCAAGGUCUCAUUGUGUGUUUACCUGUCCUUGUCACUACAGGUUGGCCAUGCACUUGGCUGGUGCAAAUUCACACUUGGUGCAUGUGCCAGUGUUCAGACAUUCGAGUCCACCCUUGGGCUAUGCCGAUGGUUCAUCUGCUGGGAGCACGCCGAUUGUGUGGCACACACUAACCCAUGCUGGCUACAGGACGCUCAGCAUACACCUAGCAUGCCGUCAUACACUGCAUGCUCAGCACAUGCCAGCCCAUGCCAGUUACACAUGCCAGCUUGUGUGGUUACACGCUGAGAGCUCAGCACAUGCUAAACUAGUGGGCCUUAUGCUGUAUGCCCAGCAAUGGCAGGCCACCCCUGAAGACUCAGCACAUGUCAGUCACAUGCUAUGUGCUAGGUACAUUCCGGCACAUAUUAAGAGCUCAGUGUA